AAUAUUGCUCUGUAGCAUGUAGCUUUGUACUGCACAGUCACAGUACUCUUUGCAGUACAGUACGGUACGCGUCUCCGUUCCAGUACGAACAUAAUAUAUAACUCAUACGGUGAAUACAAAGUGUUUGUGUUUUCUUCGCGAAGCUUUGGUGGCUGCGAACCGGUGGGAUUGAUUUGUUUCCCUAUUAUAACUUACAUUUUUGUUGAAAUAAACCAACACUUGCCUUUUACGAUUCAAGUUUUACUUUAAUAAUACUUGUGGCGAUCAAUGUGAGAACAAGUGUCGGUUUAACAAGUUACUAUUGAAUAAAUUGUAAAGCUUUGUGGUGCACAAAAGCUCCGAGUGCAGGGCGUCGAGAUAAGUCUGCAGAGUGGUCGUGCUUAUAUGGAGCUAGUACAGUGCAGUGGUGAAGCGGGCGAGAGGGCGAUGAAGACGACCGCCUGAAGAGCUCUCAGGAUGUGCAGGGCGAGUGUCAGCAGCGCGCUGUUGCUGGCGCUCCUGAGCGCGGCUUCGCCUCCGCCCGGCGUACCCGGGGAAGGCCUGCCAUCGGGCGGCGGGGUCGGCAGCUUGGGUGACAAGUGCCCGGUGGAACACUUCUGGUGCGCGGAUGGGUCGCGAUGUCUGCCGGCCGCGUGGCGCUGCGACGGGCGAGCGCACUGCGCCGACGCCUCCGAUGAGCUGCACUGCACGUGGAACGCGACGUGCGGCGCGGGCCAGUUCCGGUGCGAGCGCAGCGGUCUAUGCGUGGCGGCCGGCUGGCGCUGCGAUGGCGACGCGGACUGCGGCCCACAUGACGACUCCGACGAGAACCCUUAUAUGUGCGAGAAGGAGUUCCGGUGCGGCGGCAACGAGGCGCGCUGCGAGACGCCGCUGGGCGGACGCUUCUCGUGCGUACCCGUCGCCGCCUUCUGCGACGCGCGGCGCGACUGCGUCGACGGCAGCGACGAGUGGGACAUCUGCGACAACUUUACGAGGUUUCAAUGCGGGGCGUUGGGUUGCGCACACGGCUGCCGGCCUACGCACCAGGGCCUCGCCUGCUACUGCCCCGAGGGCUACGAGCCUAGCGACGGCCGCUGCAUAGACAGCGACGAGUGCGCGCGCGAGGACACUUGCGCUCAGCUGUGCGUCAACUCGGCCGGCUCGUACGCGUGCGCGUGCGCGGCGGGCUACACGCUGCAGCCCGACGGCUCCUCGUGCAUCGCCGAUGACGGAGAGGAGCCGUUCUCGCUGGUGGUGGGCACGGCGGCGGGCGUGGCGCGCGUGUGGCCGCGCGACCGUCCCCCGCGCGUCGUCACGCGGGACGCGCUCGACGUGCGCGCCAUCGACUUUCUCUACGACAAUCGGUCCGUGUGCUACGUGCACAGCAACGUGAGCCGCGCGAGCAUCGUGUGCGUGCCGGCGGACAACAUGACACACUACAGCCUGCAGCUGCCCACGCCCGCGCUCUUCCCCGACGUCGACUCGGUGAGCCACCUGGCCAUCGAGUGGGUGUCGCGCGACUGGUACGUGUACGACGAGUCGCGCGAGGUGCUGUACGUGUGCGAGGCGACCGGCCGCUUCUGCCGGCUGCUGCUCGACGGCCUCUCCAAGCUGCACGGGCUCGCGCUGGACCCGCUGCGAGGGCUGAUGUUCUGGUCGGUGUGGGGCGCGGUGCCGCCGGCGGUGAUGCGCGCGGGGCUGGGUGGCGCGGAGCGGCGCGCGCUGGCCGCGCACAAGCUGGUGUACCCGGGCCCGCCGGCGCUGGACCUGGUGGCGCGCCACGUCUACUGGCCCGACGCCUACCUCGAGUGCGUCGAGCGCGCCGACUACGAGGGCAAGCACCGCACCACCGUGCUGCGCGGAUACAGCAGUCAGCGGCUGCAGCGCACGGCGGUGCUGUCGGGCGCGCUGUUCCUGCCGGCGUGGGGGGCGCGCGGGGUGCGCGUGGCGGCGGCGCGCCCCCCGCACGCACCCCCCGCCCCGCCCGGCGCCGCGCUGCUGCCGCUGCCCGCCGCCCCGACCGCAGUGCUCGCCUUCCACCGGCAGGCGCAGCCCCGCGUGGAGCACCCGUGCGCCAACAACAAGGGCGGGUGCGCGCACAUCUGCGUGGUGGCGUACCGCGAGGGCGCGAGUGUACCGCAGUGCCUGUGCGCGCACGGCUACCGCCCGGCCGGCGACCGCGACUGCGUGCGCGCCGAGCUGGACAGCUACCUGGUGGUGUGCCGCGGCGCGCCGGCCAUGGUGCAGGCGCUGGCGCUGGACGCGGCGCACGCGGGCUGGGAGCCGCUGGUGCCGGCGACGCGUGUGGCGCGCCCCACCGCCGCCGACGUCGACCUCGCCGCCGGCUGGCUCUACUACUGCGACGUGCACCGGUACGAGAUAUCCCGGCAGCGGCUGGACGGCAGCGAGCACGAGGUGUUCCUCAGCGAGGACGUCGACAACUGCGAGGGCAUCGCCAUCGACCCCAUUGGUCGCAACGUGUACUGGACGGACGACACUCUGGGGCGCGUGUCUGUGGCGCGGCUGGGUGACGCGACGCGCAGACGCGUGCUGGUGCACGAGCCGCACUACAACCCGCGCGCCAUCGCGCUCGAUCCGCCCAACGGCGUUAUGUACUGGUCGGUGUGGGCGAGCGCGGUGACCGCUCGCGGGCGCAUCGAGACCGCGAACAUGGACGGGUCGCGGCGACGCACGCUGCUCGACUCCGACCUGCACUGGCCCAACGGCCUCGCCUACCACCAGGACACCGACACGCUCUACUGGUGCGACACCUACCUGAACAAGAUAGAGCGGCUGCGGCUGCGCGCCGACGGGCGACACGAGCGCGAGCUGGUGGCGCGCGACGAGCCCGCCGCGCCGCUCAGGAAGCCUUACGGACUCGCCCUUUACGAAGGUGCGGUGGUGUGGAGCGAGCACGGCACGGGCAGCGUGCGGCGGCUGCGAGACGGCCGCGUCACUCAGCUGGCCGCGCUCGCGCCGCCGCUCUACGACAUCCGGCUCGUCUCCCGCACGGCCGCCAUUGGCAGCAACCUAUGCGCGCACGAGAACGGCGGCUGCGAGGAGCUGUGCCUGGCGGUGAGCGGCGGACACGUGUGCGCGUGCGCAGGUGAGCGCGCGCUGGCGGCGGACGGGCGCGCGUGCGUCCCGCGUGCGCCGGGCACGCCGCACGAGCCCCGCGCCCCGCGCUGCCCCCCCGGACAAUUCCAUUGCAAACGCGGGCCGUGUGUGGAGCAGGCGGUGGUGUGCGACGGAGACGCGGACUGCGCCGACGGCUCCGACGAGGACUCCUCGCCCACGGGGCCCUGCGCGAACGUGACCUGCAGCGAGGACCAGUUCCUGCAGUGCGACACCAACCGCUGCAUCCCCAACAGCUGGAUCUGCGACGGAUACAAAGACUGCAGUGACGGUGCGGACGAGACAGCGGGCGCGUGCUCGCGCGCCGCGUGCCCGCCGGCGCAGUGGUCGUGCGCGCGCUCGCGGCGCUGUCUGCCGCGCGCCUGGCGCUGCGACGGCGCGCCCGACUGCGGACCCGGCGACGACAGCGACGAGCGCGACUGCGAGAGUCCGGAGUGCAGCGGCGCCAUGUUCAAGUGCGCGAACGGCGCCUGCCUGCCCUGGGAGUACUACUGCGACGGGCGCGCCGACUGCGCAGACGCCAGCGACGAGCGCGGCUGCCGCGCCCCCCCGCCCCCCACACCGACACCGCACGCCCCGCACGCCCCACACGCCCCGCAUGCCCCACACCGAGGUCGCGGCGGCGCGCGAGGUAACGACACAGACCGGCACGGCCUGUGCGAGGACCACGAGUUCCAGUGCGACAACCGGGAGUGUAUUCGAAUGGAGUUCCGCUGUGACUCUCGUGUGGACUGUCUGGACGGGUCGGACGAGGCGGAGUGCGCGGCCACGCCCGGCCCGCCCCCGCCCCCGCCCCCGGCCACGCCCGCAGCCACCCCCGCGACCGCUGGCCCCGCCCCCGGCGAGUGCUCGUCCCCCGCGCUGCAGUGCGACGCGGGCGCGCGCUGCGUGCCGCUGCCGCAGCUCUGCGACGGCGUACCGGACUGCGCGGACGGCGCGGACGAAGCUGACCGCUGCGGCGAGCCGAUGUGCGAGGUGGCGGCGUGCUCGCACGGGUGCCAGCCGGCGCCGAGCGGGCCGGUGUGCACGUGCCCGCCGCCGCUGCACCUGCAGGCCGACGGCGCCAGCUGCGCCCCGCGCCACGCCUGCGCCGACUGGGGCGUGUGCAGUCAGACGUGCCAGCCGCACAAGAACCGCUACAAGUGCACCUGCUACGAGGGCUACCGGCUCGCAGACGACGGCUUCACCUGCAAGAGCACAGAGACGGCGACUCCGCUGCUGGUGUUCAGCAACAGGCACGAGAUACGCGGCGUGCAGCUGCCGUCGCUGGCGUCGCGCGCGCUCGUCGCCUCGCUCAAGAACACCAUCGGGCUGGACUGGCGACGCGACCCCGCCGACCCCGCGCACGUGCAGCUCUACUGGACCGACGUCGUAGACGACAGCAUCUACCGCGGCACGCUCGCCGGCACCGCUCUGAGCGGCAUCGAGGUGGUGGUGCAGCAAGGGCUGAGCGCGGCGGAGGGGCUCGCCCUGGACUGGGUGGCCGGCAACCUCUACUGGGUCGAGAGCAGCCUGCAUCAGAUAGAGGUGUCGCGCGCAGACGGCCGCUACAGGCGCACGCUGCUCUCCGAGGACAUGGAGAGCCCGCGCGCCAUCGCCCUCGACCCCAGGAAGGGCUACAUGUUCUGGAGCGACUGGGAGGCUGAGGCGCCGCGCAUCGAGCGGGCGUCGCUGGCGGGCCGCCGGCGCACGAGCGUGGUGCGCGUCGACGCGCUCAGCGACGGCGCCUGGCCCAACGGCAUCGCGCUCGACCACCUCGCCGAGCGCCUCUACUGGGUCGACGCCAGGUCCGACUCCAUCCACACGACGACGUACGACGGCGGUGACUACCGCGAGGUGCUGCGCGGUCAUCCCGCGCUCUCGCAUCCCUUCGCCAUCACCGUGUUCGAGUCUCACGUGUAUUGGACGGACUGGCGCAGCAGUAGCGUCGUGCGCGCCAGCAAGUGGGACGGCUCCAACGUCACCGUGGUGCAGCGCACUCUCACCCAACCCUUCGACGUUAAGGUGAUCCACCCGAGCCGGCAGCCGGCGGCGACCAGCAACCCGUGCGGCGUACGCAACGGCGGCUGCUCGCAUCUCUGCCUCAUCGACUCUCCCGAGGCGCGGGUCUGCGCCUGUCCCCACCUCAUGCGCCUCGCCGACGACGAAACCACCUGCGAAGCGCACGAAAAGGUGUUGCUGAUUGGGCGCGAGGGCGAGAUCCGCGGCGUGGACGUGACCGCGCCCUCGGAGACGCUGGUGCCCACCGUGGCCGGGCCCGACGUCUCCUCGCCCGCACACAUACACUUCCUCGCCGCAGACUACCUCGUGUACUGGGCCGACACCGAGGUGAACGAGAUAAAGCGCACGCGGCUGACGGGCGGCGCGGUGACGUCGGUGGUGUCGCGGUUCUCUGCGGCGCCGCGCGGCUUCGCGCUGGACUGGGCGGCGCGGCUGCUGUACUACUGCGCGGAGGAGACGCUGCUGGCCGCCGGGCCCGCGGGCGAGCUCGCCACCGAGCUGCUGCGGCACGCCGACCUCGCGCACCUCACCGCGCUCGUCGUGCAUCCGCUCAGGGGGCAGGUGUACUGGGCGCUGGGCGCGCGCGCGGCAGGCGGUGAGCGCGUGGAGGUGGCGCGCGGGGACGGCUCGGCGCGCCGCGUGCUCGUGCGCGCGCAGAACCACCCGGAUUUCGCGGCCCUCACCAGUCUGGCAUUGGACGCGGCGCGCAACCGCCUGUACUGGGUGAACGCGGGCACCGCCACCAUACAGUACUACGAGCUCGACUCCGGCGCCCUCGUCACCCUGCCGCUGGAGAGCGGAGCGCGGCCCGUGGCGGUGGAGGUGCACGGCGGGCGCGCGCUGUGGGCGGACGCGGCGGGCGCGCUGCGGGCGUGCGGCGACACACACUGCGACCACCUCACCACUCUGCGCAACAACACCGAGGGCGUAGUGUCGCUGCGCGUGUGGGACGGCUCGCUGCAGAGGGGGGGCGGGGCGUGCGCGCGGCGCUCGGCGGAGGACCGCUGCGCACAUCUCUGCGUGCCGCUCGACGCCGCGCUCAGCGACUGCCGCUGCGCCAUCGGCUACCGGCGAGAGGGCAACCACUGCACUCCCAUCGACGAGAUCCUGGUGUACCCUCUGGACUCGGACCUGCAAGGAAUCCACUUGAACGCCAGCGCGGACAGCCCGGAGCCCAACCUGCUGCCGCCCAUCCCCGGCCUCGCCAUGGCCACCGCCAUCGACUACUACGCCGCGGGCGAGUGGGUGUACUGGGUGGACGGCGAGCGCGAGUGCGUGUGGCGCGCGCGCCGUGCGGGCGGUGCGCGUGCGCGCGUGGCGGCGGCGGGCGAGGGGGAGGGGGAGGCGCGCGCGGCGCUGUCGGCGCUGGCGGUGGACUGGCGCGCCGGCAACCUGUACUGGGCGGACCCGCGCCGCGCGCUGCUGCACGUGGCGCGUCUCGACGGCACACACCCCUACGUGCUGCUCGACACAGACCCCUUCGCUAUUAACGCGCUGGCUAUGGACGCGGACCGCGGCUGGCUGUUCAUGUCGGGCGGGGGGUGGGUGCAGCGCGCGCGGCCCGACGGCUCCCAGCGCGAGCUGCUGCACAACGGCAGCGCCGUGCUCGACAUCGCCCUCGACCUGCAGAAGCAGCACGUGUACUGGGUGUCGGAGGGGGUGCAGGGGGUGCAGGGGGCGGAGGCGGGCGUGUGGCGCAUGACGUACGCGGGCGGCGAGCGCGUGCGCGUGUCCCCCGCCUCCCCCGGCUCCCCCCAGCGCCGGCCGGUCGCGCUCGCGCUGCACCGCGACACCCUCUACUGGCUCGACACGAUGCUGGACCGAGGCGGCGUGGUGUCCGCGCCGCUCGGCAACCUCAGCGACUACCGCAUCAUGCGAGACUACGUCCUCUAUCAUCGCACAGAUCUCAUGAUAUGGUCGAAGGAGCGCCAGUCGGGGCCGAGCCAGAACCCGUGCGCGGCCGCGGAGGGCGCUGCGGGCGCUGCGGGCGCGGGCUGUGCGGCGCUAUGUCUGUGGGACGGGCGACGCGCGCGCUGCGUCUGCCCGCACGGCCAGCUGGCGCCCGACGGCAAGGCCUGCCUCCCGCACAAGGCGUUCCUGAUGUACUCGCGGGUGACGAAGAUCGACAGCAUCCACCUCGACAACGACACGGACCUCAACUCUCCCUACCCGCCCAUCGAGGACAAGGAGCUGAUGCGCAACGUGAUCGCGCUGGCGUACGAGUACAGCGAGUCGCGCCUCUUCUACUCCGACAUCCAGCGCGGCUCCAUCAACACCGUGCACUUCAAUGGCAGCGGGCACGAGGUGCUGCUGGAGCAGGUGGGCGCGGUGGAGGGGAUGGUGUUCGCGCGAGCACGCGGCGCGCUGUACUGGACGAGCGCGGCGGGCGUGCGCGGCGCAGACGUGGCGCAGGUGCGCACCGCCCCCCGCCACCGGCGCGCAGCUCUGGUGCGCGACGUGCUGCGGCUGCCCGCCGGCGAGCGCCCGCGCGGCCUCGACUUCGACCCGUGUCAACAGCGGCUGUAUUGGACCAACUGGAACCAGUCGCACCCGUCGAUCCAGCGUGCGCUGGUGGGCGGGCUGGCGCUGCAGAGCAUCAUCAGCACCGACAUCCUGAUGCCCAACGGCCUGGCGCUGGACCACUCCGCGCGCCGCCUCUACUGGGCCGACGCCCGCCUCGACAAGAUCGAGCGCGCGCAUUACGACGGCUCCCACCGACACGUGGUGACACGGUCGGAGGCGAAGCACCCGUUCGCGGUGGCGGUGGGCGGCGGCUGGGUGUUCUGGUCGGACUGGGUGGCGCGCGCCGUGCUGCGAGCCGACAAGCGGGCGGGGGGAGCGCGCGCGCUGCGCCGGCACCUGCCGCGCCCCAUGGCCCUGGUCGUCGUCGCGCCGCAGCACCAGACCUGCGAGAAGGACCCCUGCUCUAUAUUGAACGGCGGAUGCGCGGAGCUGUGCUCGGUGUCCGCGGAGGGCGAGGUGAGGUGCGCGUGCGGCGCGGGGCGCGAGCUGGCGCGCGACGGUCUGGCGUGCUCGGGGGUGGGGGUGGGGGUGGGGGUGGGGCGGGCUGCGUGCGCGGUGGGAGAGUUCGCGUGCGCGGAGGGCGGCUGCGUGCCGCUGGACCUCGUGUGCGACGGGGUGCCGCACUGCAGCGACGGACAGGACGCCAGCGACGAGGACCUUUAUUAUUGCACGUCGCGCACGUGCGAGGCGGGCUGGGUGGCGUGCGGCACGGGCGGGCGCUGCGUGGCCCGCUCGGCGCAGUGCGACGGCCGCGCAGACUGCGACGACGGCGCCGACGAGCUCGGCUGCGACUGUCCGCCCACGCACAUCAAAUGCGACGACGGCAUGUGCGUGCCUGUGUCCGGGCGCUGCGACGGUGUGGUGCAGUGCGCGGACGCGAGCGACGAGCGCGGGUGCGCGAGCGCGUCUUGCGCGGCGCUGGGCACGCGGGCGCUGCGCUGCGGCGGCGCGCAGGCCUGCUACCUGCCCGACUGGCGCUGCGACGGCGUCGCCGACUGCCCGGAUGGUGACGACGAGGCGCAUUGCUUUACCGAAAGUACGGAGAGCGGUGUGACAGAGACGCCGGAGGAGGCGAGGGCGGCGGGGGAGUGCGGGGAGGAGCAGUGGGAGUGUGGGGGGCGGGGCCGGGGGCGGGGCGAGGCCGGGGCGGAGGUGGAGUGCAUCCCGCUGGCGUGGCGCUGCGACGGCCGCGCCGACUGCAGCGACGGUUCCGAUGAGACCCUGCACUGCGGACACGUGACCACCCCCAAGAGCAACAUAACGAGGUGCGGGCCGGAGCUGUACGAGUGCGCGAUGUCGGGCUCCUGCACGGCGAGGUCGCGGGUGUGCGACGGCGCCGCGGACUGCCCGCACGGCGAGGACGAGGCGGGCUGCCUCUGCGCCGCCGGCACCUUCCGCUGCCCCGCCUCCGCGCUCUGCCUCGACUCGGCGUUAUACUGCGACGGCGACGUCGAUUGCAGCGACGGGUCGGACGAGCCGGCGGGCUGCACGGGCGUGACGGCGGGAGCGGGGGCGGGCGCGGGGGCGGAUGCGGCGGGCGCGGACCCCCUGUGCCCGGCGGCUGGCAUACGGUGCAGCGGGCGCUGCGUGCCCGUCGCGCUGGCCUGCGACGGCCGCGACCACUGUCUGGACGGCGGCGGUAGCGGCGCCGGCUCCGACGAGGACCCCGUCAUGUGCGCGUCAUACUCGCGAGCGUUCGGGUCGGGGGGCGAGGCGGCGGCGGGUGCGGGGGGUGUGGCGGGUGCGGGGGGUGCGGCUCUGUGGGGCUGCGCGCGCGGCGAGUGGCGCUGCGCUAACGCGGCCUGCGUGCCGGCGGGCUCGCUCUGCGACGGCAACGACGACUGCGGCGACUACAGCGACGAGUGGCGCUGCGACGUGAACGAGUGCCAGGUGCUGAACGGAGGCUGCGCACACAACUGCACGGACCUGCCGGCCGGACACGCGUGCUGGUGCCGCGCGGGCUGGCGGCGCGCGGGAGCUGGCGCCUGCCGCGACGUCGACGAGUGCGCCGAGGACGACCCCUGCGACCAGCGCUGCCGGAACACGCUCGGUAGCUUCGUCUGCUCCUGCCACGAUGGAUACAGACUUAUGGCCGACGGCAUCAGUUGCGAGCCCAUUUCGUCUAUCAAAGCGUCCCUUAUAUUCACGAACCGCUACUAUAUCCGUCAAACGAGCAUCGCGGGCGAGGAGGGUGCGGGCGGUGCGGGCGGUGCGGGCGGCGCGGUGACCUCGCUGCUGGUGCACAACCUGACGAAUGCGGUGGCGCUGGACAUGGACUGGGCGGGCGGCUGCCUGUACUGGAGCGACGUGACGCGCCUCGGCAGCUCCAUCAAGCGCGUGUGCCGGGGGGCGGGGGCUGGGGCGGGGGCGCGCGGCCCUCCCCGCGACCCGCUGCGCACACUCGAAGCCUCCACCGCCGACUACCAGCUGGUGCAGGGCGCGACGCUGCAGAACCCGGACGGGCUGGCGGUGGACUGGGUGGCGCGCAACGUGUACUGGUGCGACAAGGGCACGGACACGGUGGAGGUGGCGCGGCUGGACGGCCGACACCGGCGCGUGCUGCUGCGCGGCGGCCUGGCCGAGCCGCGCGGCCUCGCGCUCAAUCCCCAGGCUGGCACGCUGUACUGGUCGGACUGGGGUGCUCGUGCACACAUCGGGCGCUGCGGCAUGGACGGGUCGGCGCGGCGGGUGCUGCUGGAGGCGGGCCUGGGCUGGCCCAACGCGCUCACGCUGCUGCCCGCCAACAACGAGCUCUACUUCGCGGACGCAAGGGACGACUUCAUCGCCGUCGCCGACCUCGACGGCAACCACAUGCGCAUACUCUUCUCCAGAGAGCGGAUGCCGUGGCUGCGGCUGCACCACGUGUUCGCGCUGGGCGUGUGGGCGGGCCGCGUGUACUGGAGCGACUGGGAGACGCGCGCGCUCGAGAGCUGCCGUCGCCGCCCCGACCCUCACUACAAGGAGGGCAACGACAGCGCGCCGGCGGGCGGCGGGGCGUGGCGCUGUCGCACAGAGGUGCACACAGUACACAAGCCCAUGGACCUGCGCGUCUACCACCCCGCGCGCCAGCCGCCUAUGCCAAAGUUGACGGCGCUGUGUGAGCGGCUCAACUGCUCCGGGCUGUGUCUGCUGACGCCGGGCGAGGCGGGCGGGCAGGCGGGCGCGCGCUGCGCCUGUCCCGAGCACUUCGUGCUGGCGGACGACGGGCGCUCCUGCACGCCCAACUGCACCGCCGCGCAGUUCGUCUGCCAAAACACGCUCAAGUGUAUCCCCUUCUGGUGGCGCUGUGACACGCAGGACGACUGCGGGGACGGAUCCGACGAGCCGGCGUCGUGCCCGCAGUUCCGGUGCGCGCCCGGACAGUUCCAGUGCGGCAACGGACAGUGCGCGCACCCGGCGCACAUCUGCGACGGCACGCCGCACUGUCGCGACGGCUCCGACGAGCGCGCCUGCGACGCAUUCGCCUGUCUCGGCGGACAGAUCAAGUGCCGCGGCAACGCCACCGCGCGCGCACCGCCGCGCUGUCUGCCCGCCGGCGCGCGCUGCGACGGCCGCGAGGACUGCGCAGACGGCGACGACGAGCGCGACUGUCCGCCGCGCACCUGCCCGCCGCAGCACUUCAAGUGCGCGAACGGCUUGUGCGUGCCCUCCGUGUGGGUGUGCGACGAGGACUCCGACUGCGGCGACGGGUCGGACGAGGGCGCCGCGUGCGCGAGCCGCCGCUGCGCGCGCGACGAGUUCCGCUGCGCGUCGGGCCGCUGCGUGCCGCGCGAGUGGCUCUGCGAUGCGGAGGCGGACUGUCCGGGGCGCGAGGACGAGGCGGGGUGCGAGACGCGCGCGGCGAUGCCCUGCGAGCCCACCUAUUUCCGCUGUCCGGACGGGCGCUGCAUUCCGGGCCGCUGGCGCUGCGACUUCGAGGACGACUGCGGCGACAACGCCGACGAGCUCGCCUGCACGCCGCGCAACUGCUCCGAGUCCGAGUUUAGGUGCGCGAACGGCGAGUGCAUCCGGGCCGCGCUGCGCUGCUCGGGCGCGGUGGAGUGCGCCGACGGGUCGGACGAGGCGGGCUGCGCGCCCGACUGCCGGCCGCACGCCCGCCCCUGUACGCACUCGCGCCAGUGCGUGCUCAGCGAAUGGUGGUGCGACGGCGAGGUGGAUUGCGGCGAUGGCUCCGACGAGACACAGUGCGAGGCGGAUGGGGCCGGGGCCGGGGCCGGGGGCAGUAACGGAACGAGCGAGGAGGGCGCGGAGGGCGCGGCGUGCGGGGCGCGGCUGCGGUGCGGGCGCGCCUGUCUGCCGGCCGCGUGGCGCUGCGACGGCCGCCGCGACUGUCCCGACGGCGCCGACGAGGAGCCGCACAUGUGCGCGCACACCGCCUGCCACCCGCCCAUGCUCCGGUGCAGCGACAACACGUGCAUCCCGCAAAGUCUGACGUGCGACGGCAGCGCCGACUGCCCCGACGGCGGCGACGAGAACCUGCAACUCUGUCGCGCGGCUGCGGGGGCGGAGGGCGCGGAGGACGCGGCGACUUGCGGCGAGGAAGAGGUGCAGUGCGCGGACGGCCGCUGCGCUCCAAACCGCGCCUCCUGCUUCGAGCAAGGCGCGUGCAGCUGGCGCGCCUGCCCGCAGCUCUGCCUGCCCAAGCACGAGCACAACUACACCUGCAAGUGCGCUGCGGGCUACAAGCAGCGCCAGCUCUCCGACGGCAGCCUGACGUGCGAAGCCAUCGGCGAGAAGGCCAAGCUGGUGGUGGCGGUGGGCGGGGUGCUGCGCCUGUGGGACCUGCACAAGGCCGAGCACAACCCCGAGCCGCCGGAGGAGCCCGACAGCGCGGACAUCACCUGCGUGUCUGUGGCGCCGCUGAACGGCACGUGGUGGGCGUACUGGGGGGACGCGCGGGGCCGCGUGCGUCGCGCGCGUCUGCCCCCCCGCCCUGCACCCCUGCACGCGCCAGAGACACUGGUGAGCCCCUCCCCCUACCCCUACCCCACACCACAUCUGACAGCUACUAUCGAGGAGAGCGGCGCUAUCCGCGGCGUGGGCGUGGACUGGGUGUCGGGGCGCGUGUACUGGACGGCGGUGGAGGCGGGGCGCGGCGAGCGGCGCGGCGAGCGGUGGGGCGCGCUGCGGGCGGCGGCGGCGGACGGCCGGCGACGAGUCACUCUGUGGCGGCGGCGCGGCGCGGAGCCCGACGACCUCGUCAUCGCCGGCGAGCAGGGGUGA